UCCUGACAAGUCGGCUUGAAGCUUGCAUUGUAUUGCAAAAAUAGUUAAGAAAAAUUAUGUCGCUUCUGGAAGAUAUAUUUUUGAGAGACGAGGCUGAUGAAGCGAGAGAACUGGAACGUGUUAUUGAAGGCGAUGACUUUGAGGAUAAACCUCCACGUUCAGACAGUGAUGAUAACAGUGAAAAGGAAGACGAAGCCGAGGAAGAGAAAAUACGUGUGGACCCAUCGAGUACAAAAACUAAACGGACGGUGAAAAACCCAAGAUUUAUUUUAAAUCCCGCUCGACUGACAGGUCCUAGGGGUAUACAGGUUAUUCCUGAACAUUUUAAAGAUUUUAAAUUUAAAGGCAAAGGUCAUGAAAAAGAAGACUUGGAUUUAGUGCUAAAGAAACUAGAACAUUGGGCUUACCGAUUGUAUCCAAAGUUCGAAUUUGCAGAUUGUUUAAAGAAGAUUGAAACAUUAGGCAAAAAGAGACCAGUUAUGGUACAUCUACAAAAGAUAAGAUCAGAUCAAUACAUAACAGAGGAGACGGUUGUACAGAAGGAUUCCAGUGAUGAUGAAGUACCAGUAGAAAGAGAAGAAGAUGAAUUUGACAAGCUUUUGCAGCAGCAAAUAGAACUGGCUAGAAAUACACCAGCACCAACAUCUGUUAAGAAAAAUAUUCCAGAAAACUCUAUUGUUGACAGAUCACUAUUAACCGUACCAAAAGCAACAUCAUCACCGUCAAUCAGUGAUGAACAGAGAGACAGGAUGAUCAGAAAUAGAAAACUGGCUGAAGAGAGACGUCUUGCUAGACUUAAAAAUAAAAUAAACAUAACUGAAAAUCAAGAUACAAUUACUAAUAGUACUACUACUAGUACUAGUGUUAGUGGUACUUCUAAUAUUAGUAAGGAAGAUACAGAUGAAAUAAUUGUUACUAAAAAACAUAACAGAACAAAUACAAUAGAGAGUUCAGAUGAAGAAGAUUUGAUGACUUUAAAUGAAUCUAUUUCCGUAGAUAUUCAUACGGAUGUUAACAAAAAUUCUGAUAUAACAAAAAGUAAUGAA